UAAUUCCAUUAAAAAACUUUGAGAAAAAGUAUCUAAAUUGAUGACAGUAGUACGGACCUUCGACUUCAUUCUUGUAAACAUUGAGUUUGGAUAUAAGGAAGUAAUCGUUUUUUCCAUCUGAGGUUCAUUAAAGUGCAUUUUACAUAAAAUCUUUGGUUUAUAAAGUUGUUUUACUUUAAAACCAAUCUUACAGAACUUAAAGAAUGUGUGAUUUUCACUGGAACAUACACGGUAUGGAUACGCCAGUCCUGGUUGGACAAUCCAUGACUUCUUAAGUAAUUGUAACAAUCUUGAUGUUUUACCAUGGAACAAUUAGAUGAAGUGCAUAGUGACAUUAAUAAAGUAGAAUCAUCGAUAAAAGUAGAUGUAUCUUCUUCAUUAAUAUCAGAAUCAACGACUGAUAUUGUAAAGAAUGAGAAGGAUAUUCCGGAAAAUCAAGAAAAUAAGUCACAAGAAUGUACAGAUAAUAUAAUUCAAGAUGUUUUAAUAGUAAAUAAAUGUGAUGUAACAGAUUUAAAUAAAAAAUUUGAAAGUAAAGAAAGUAAUGGAACAGAGAACAUAAGGAACGCUGCGAUUAAUGAAGUAGAACAAGAAAUAAUAAAUAAGGACCCACAAAUUGAUGAUCUAUGUAAAAAAGAUGAGAAAUCUCAAGAAGAGCAAGCAGAGAAUACAACCGAGGUUGGAGAUCAUUCAAGAUAUGCAGGUGACAUAUCUUUAGAUAAAGAAAGUACAAACAAUGUUGAAGUAUUUAAUACAAAUGAGGGUGAACAAAACAUUGAGAAACACGACGUUUGUACAGUGUUAAAUAUAGAUACAAUUGGUGAUACUAAUGCUCAGUGUCAAGCAUUAAUUAAAACACUUAGUGAGACUUUUGAUGAUAAAGACCAAACAUUGCAUGUCACAGAUACAGACACAGAUUUGUCUAAACUAGUUGAUAGUAGUUCAGAAGUAAUGGUACUGACUGUAGAAACUAUUAAUGAUAUGAAUGAAAGCACAGAAGAAAAUAUUGUUUUAACUGUACAUGAAAAGGAUGCUGUUGUAAAUUCCAAUGAAAAAAAUGUUUCUGCAGAACAAAAAGAAAUGAAGAACACUGAAAUUGUAAAUGAAGAAUUUAAUUUGAUAGAUUAUGCUCAAGAAAGUGAUGGAACAAUUAUAGAAGUAAUCUCAACAGAAAUUGUGGCUCAAGAAGUUUCUGAAAAUUGUAGCCAGAAAGACAAUAAGGAAGUAUUAAAUCAUACAGAGACAGGAAAUGAUUCUAUAACUCCUAUUACCUCAGGAGUAAUUAAUGAUCUAGAAACUGCAGGUGACAUUGAUAUUAAAGAAAAGAAUGUAAGUAUUGAAGAAGGCACUGAUAGUAAAGAAGAGGACAUAAAGGAAGAGUGUAGAAAUAUUGAUGCAAAAUAUAAUGUAGAACAAGAAACAACAAAUGAAAAUGGCAAGACUGAAUCUUUUGAUAGUUCACAUAAAAUUAAUGUAGAAAAGAAAAUUAUUCAUAAUAAAAUUGUCGUACCUACACAUGUUGCUAAUACAGAAGGAAGGAAUAAAUCUAUAAGUGAAGCAGAUAAAGUGAGCAUAACUAACAAAAGAAGUGUAAUUCAGGAUAUCUUUGAUGAUUGGGGUGUUGAAAAUGCAGAAGACGAUAAUCAGUCGGUAUCUAAAGCUCCAGAUACUGUGGAAAUUGAAUUGAAAAGUUUACUAAAUGACACGAAAACACGAACUAUAGAAGAAAGCACAGUUGUGCUGGUUGAAGAAGAAAUUACAUGCAUUGAAAAAGAACCAGUUGUAGAUGCUGGAAAGGCUGUAGAAGUUGCUAAACAAAACAAAGAAAUGCAAGUAUCAAAGGAACAACUGGAUAACAAUCAAACUAUAAAGAAACAACAAAAUAGUAUAAAAUCAUUACUCAAAGACCAACUAACUCAUUCUAUAUCACAGGCUGUUGGAAAGUCUACAAAAGAUUCAACACAUGAUACUGUGGCAUUUAGUCAAACUUCGCAAAUUAUCCCUAUUAAUCGUGGUCGAAAUUUAACCAGCCAAUCUUCACAGGUUGAAAUAGCAGAAGCAUUAAAAGAACGAUUCCGUGAGAAACAAAAAGUAGUAGAACAACCACCGCGACCUGAUAUAUUUUUUGUUAAAAAACUAACCCAAAGAUUAUCAAGUAAAUUAGUAGGUAGUCCAGGAACCGCUUUACCAGCACUUAUACCAUUGCCUCAGCCUACUAAUCAAUCCUUUAUUCAAUGUGAUAAAAAGUCAUCAGAUAAUACUAGUACAGGAACUAGCAAAGAAAGCAAUUCUGAUAAUAAAGAACUGUUAGCAAUACUGGAAGGUGACGUUGAUCCCGAUUGGUCCAACUUGAAACCACCAAUUUUAGCAGAGGAAGGAAAACGAUCAGUAAAGAUUGAACAAAGUGGUUAUAAUACACCGCCGAAACUUGAUCCUUUAGUUGAAAGAGAACUAGCAUUGAAACAACUUCUGGAAUUACCUGUUGCAUCAUCUAAAAGAAAUGUACAGAAAAAGAAGAAAAUAAUUAAACCUACACCUACUAAAUCUUCUAAAGCAAUAAAAACAAAAAUUGUACCUAAAACAGAGAAAGAAACAACUGGAAUGGAACCAAAAAAUAAAACUACAGAAUCUGUAGAGGAUACGAAUUCUUCUGGUUAUGCUUCAUCUUCUUUGCUUAUCGAAUCCCAUACUUCAGAAAAAAAAACAGAUAUACGAGUAGAUGAGUCAAGAUCAGGUAGAAAACGAAAACUUACAGAAAAAGCUAGGGAACAUGAACAACAACAGAACAUUGUAAAACGUCAAAAAGUAUAUAAAGGAAAAGUUUCACUGGGCAAGAAGGAACCUCAAUACCAAGCUCCACCUGACAUCAGUUUGUUAACUGAAAAUCAUGUAUCUAAGGAGACCAUGGUGCUUCCCAAUGAUGAGGUUAAUGUCAUAAUAACAGAUGAAAUAACAGAAAAACAUGUCACAAAUAAUAAUAAAGUAGAUAUAACAUUAGACAAACUUGAUGAUACACAAAAUGUAUGUAAUAUAAAACCUUCAAAACAAAAUCUUAAUAAAAAGAGAUCACAAUCUAUUACUAAACAAAAUAUAGCAGUAAAAAAGAUAUUAAGGCAAAACAUAUCUUCAAAUAAGAAAACUGCUACUUUAAAAUCUAAAUUAAACACAUCAAAGAAAUCAGGAUCAAAGAUAGUCUCAAAGACAAAACGAUCUACAGAAAAUAAUGCUGGAGAUUCUAAACCAAAAAAGAAAAUCAUAAAUGAAAUAGAUAGAUUACUUCAAGAUGAAGGUGUUGUAAAUUUAUUGUAUGAUGUAGAACAACCAGAUAAAAAAAGAUUAGUUCCCAUUACCAAAUCUCAAGCAAAAGUUAUGGAUAUACAAAAAGUACAACGUGAGCUUAAACUUAGAAAGAAGUUAGUUCGUAAUGCAGUUUUAAGAUUACGUACUUCAGCAGGUGUAUCAAAACCAAGAUCUAAAAGGACUUCUAUAUAUUUGAAUGAUAUGCAAGUAGAUAAAAAAAUUGGAGAUCAAGCCAUACCAGUAAAACAAAUAAAUUUAUCUCAAGAGUUUAUUUUACCUGCAAAAAUAAGAAAUGCAGCAGAUGCAUCUGUUAUAAUUAGGAGACAUUCAUCUAGCUCAUUUUCCAGUGCAUCUGGAAGUCCUAGAGUUAGUAUUGAUACUCCAGAGAAAAAUGAAGGAGGUAAAGUUGAUGAAGGGGGAUUCCAUUCCUUAAGAUCUACAAAAAGACGACAUUCACAAGACGAAAAAAUAAAUGUAAAAAAAAGUAAAAAGAAGAUUGUACAAAAAAGUGACACAGGAAUUGAUUUUGUUGACAUUGUAGAGGAUAAAAUAGUAUUUCCUGAACGUCUUAAUAAAAAGUUGGAUUCAAAAAAAGCUGAUAAAAAUCCCAAACAACCAGAAACAGACGAAACUAAUAAUGGUUUAGGGAAAGUUGUUACAAGAUCAAAUGGUACAGCUACAGGUAAGGUAACAUCAAAGACAAAGAAAACUACAAAGAACAAAGUUACAUUUGCUAAAACAAAUGAACCAGAUAAUAAUGAAGAAUUUUCCAAAGGAGAAGAUGAACUUUCAGCCUGCCUUGCAGAAGCUGCAAAUGCGCUAUCAGUAGUCAAUGCUGGGAGUCGGUCUGCAAAUUCAGCAACAAAUCGCAAGAAUAAAGUCAAUGCAAAUACAACCAAAACACUAGAAUCAGAUAAUAAUAAAACAAAAAUGGAAAUUCGAAGUCAAUUUAGUAAUAAGGAAAUAAAUAUACGUCGACAUGGAAAUCUUGUGCAGUUAAUACUUACACCAUCAUCUUCAACAAAAAUAAGAAAUGCUCUCACUCUGCAGGUGAUGCAAGAAUUUCGUGAAACAUUAUCAAUUCUAAAAAAGGAUGAUGAUUGUAGAGUUGUUUUAUUAACAUCAACAGGUAGCAGUUUUUGUGAAGGUCUCGAAUUAUCUAUGUUGCUACAUACAAAUAAAGAAAAACGGCGGAUACAUGCCCAAGAAAUGGCAGAUGCGGUUAAGGACUUCAUUAAAAGUUUAGCAUCGUUCAACAAACCUAUUGUUGCUGGAGUUCAAGGAGCUGCAGUUGGACUUGGAGUAACAAUGUUGCCUUUAUUUGAUCUUGUGAUAGCUAGCGACAAAGCCACAUUUAGUACACCUUAUGGUAAAUUAGGGCAAAUUGCUGAAGGUGCUGCUGUAUUUACUUUAUCACAUAUAUUAGGAAGUGCAAUUACAAGUGAAUUAUUAUUAGGUGGUAGAACUCUAACAGCUAGUGAAGCACUAAGAGCUGGUCUUGUUACUCGAGUUUUAUGGCCUGAUAGAUUUCAGGUUGAAUUACUACCAACCCUAAAAGCUAUGAGUGAGCAAUCCUCACAGUCUAUGGAAGCUACGAAGACAUUGUUACGUCAUAGUUUGCGAAAAAAAUUGGAUGCAGCAUUAGAAUCAGAAACAUAUUUGCUGAUACAGCAUUGGUGUUCUGUAGAAUGUCAAACUGCCAUAAAGGCUUACAUUGAUGGAAAAGUGCAGUAAAUAUUUAAAUGAUGCCCAAUGACUUUGAAUGGAAGUACUAACGUCAUAUUCCAACAUACCUAGUAUUGUAAAUUGGAUUUGAAGAUUAAUAACGAGAUAAUUAGUUUGGGGAACGUUAAAGCGAGAAAAGAAGUCAUGGAUCUGGUGUGUCAUUUUACAUCAAUCAACGCACGAUUAUUUUAAAUUAAGAUAUAAAGUAUAGAAUCAAUUAUUUGGAUGAACUAUUUUAAUAUUAGAUGAUUUAGAAUAUGGAUUUACAUGCACGCAUAAUCACAUACAAUACAGAUAAGGUAUCUAAUAUUAUUGUUUUGAAUAAUUUUUAAAUUAUGCUUUGCCCAAAAAAUGUAUAAUUUACUGAAAAACAGAAAAUACAUAUAGAGAAUACAACCGAUUUUACGCUUUAAUAUUUCAUGUAAAAAGAAAAGUAAAAAAUAAAUGAAAAGAUCAUAAAAUUACUCAUGAUACAAAUGCAUAAUUAAUUACAUUAUCCAAAACGAUAUUAUACACCUUAUUCUAUAUAUGUGUGUAUAAACUUUCCAUAAUAUAUUAUUAUUGUAGAAUAAAAUAGACAACCAUUGUAAGCAUUGGGGUGAAUUUGUGUUCUUUGCACACACAACAAUAAAUUUUGAACAGAAUGUAAUUUUAAAUUAAACACUAAAAAGUAAUGUGUGAUUCUUUUAUACUGAUAUAAUGUUGUGCCUUGGUCAGUUUAUAAAAGGAUAAAAACAAGCAUAGAUGUAGAAGAAGAUAUUUGUAAUUACACUCUGAAAAAAGUACAAGAAUAAUUGAGUAACGAUUAAAAUAAUUUUAAAUAUAUCAAAUUGCUUCCAGAUAAUUUUUAUUCAAUUGGUAAUGUGCAUCAUUAUAUUUUUCGAUUAUUUAUAUUAUUGUUUAUGUAUAUUUCAAAUAUCAAAUAUUAAAAAAUAAUAUAUAAGUAUAUACGUAUUUAUAAUAUUGAUUUAAACAAUGCAUUCAUAUCAAAAAUGUUUUAUGUCAAAAAGCAAAAUAUUGAACUAUUUUAUAAUACAAAUACUGUAUUUUACUUCGAUACUACAUAAAUCAUGAAUACGAAAAAAAUAUAAAACGAAGUUAUUUUCAACUGAUGCAUACAUAUAAUAAGAUGAUGUAACAUUCUACACAAGUUCGGGAAAAAACUUUUUCAAGUAAAGUGAACGUAUAACCUUUCUCGAAUUUAACGUAUGCGAUGUUUUAGGGAUCAUAAGGGGCUAUGAAAUAAGACUCAAGGCAACAUUGAGAAAUUUCAUUGAAUACUGUUCAAAAACAUGAAGUAUGUUGUAAAGAAUACAGUCGCUCUUGUACAAAUGUUACACAUGUAAGAAUAAGCCAUUCUAAAACAUUGUAUUAUCAUUGAAUAUAAAGCCCAUACAAAUAUAAAGGAAAUAUUCACAAGCCAA